AUGUAUUUUCAUAGGGACAUGCAUUGGUACAUUUUUAAUAUUGAUGUAUUUUAUCGGGACAUAUAUUGGUACAUUUUGAUGUUUAUGUAUUUUCAUUCGGACAUGUAUUGGUACAUUUUUAAUAUUGAUGUAUUUUAUCGGGACAUAUAUUGGUACAUUUUAAUAUUUAUGUAUUUUCAUUCGGACAUGUAUUGGUACAUUUUUAAUAUUUGUGUAUUUUCAUUCGGACAUGUAUUGGUACAUUUUUAA